UAGUCCGGCGCCGGAAGUUGCUUCGUUCUCCGGCAGAGGACCAAACGGGUUAAUCCCGGAGAUCCUAAAAACCCGACUUGAUUGCUCCGGGAGUUAUAAUUGGCUUAUGACACGUUGUUAUUGCAAAGCCAAUGAAGCCCGAUCAAGAACUCUUGCGACUCUACGGCAGCUCCGACAACCGGCACCGGCGAGAUUUUUCCAAACACGUGUUGAUGCUCGGAUUAUUAAAACUGGGUUUGACACAGAUACGUGUCGCUCCAAUUUCAUCGUCGAGGACUUUCUCCGGAGAGGUCAAGUCUCUGCUGCACGCAAGUUGUAUGAUGAAAUGCCUCACAAGAACGUCGUUUCCACCAAUACGAUGAUUUCGGGUUACGUAAAGUCCGGUGAUAUUUCCAGCGCCAGAGAGCUAUUCGACGCUAUGGUCGAAGGUAGAACUGUUGUGACUUGGACUAUCUUGAUGGGAUGGUACGCCGGGAACAACCGGUUCGAUGAAGCUUUCAAGCUUUUCCGUGAGAUGUGCAGGUCUUAUACUUUGCCUGAUCAUGUGACCUUUGCUACGCUUUUACCAGGCUGCAAUGACUCGGUUUCCGAGAACACGGUGGGUCAAGUUCAUGGCUUUGCCGUCAAGUUAGGCUUUGAUAGGAACCCUUUUCUCACUGUUUGCAAUGUAUUGGUUAAGUCUUACUGUGAGAUAGGGAGGCGUGAUUUGGCCUUUGUGGUGUUUGAGCAGAUUUUAGAGAAAGACUCUGUCACGUUCAACACGCUUAUCACAGGGUAUGAGAAGGAUGGUUUGUACAUUGAGGCGACUCGUCUCUUCCUCGAAAUGCAGAGGUCUGGUCACAAGCCUUCGGAUUUCACGUUUUCUGGGGUUCUUAAGGCAGUUGUUGGGCUACAUGAUUUUUCUCUUGGUCAACAGCUCCAUGGUUCGGCGAUUACUACCGGCUUUUCCAAUGAUGUCGCAGUUGGGAACCAGAUUCUUGAUUUCUACUCCAAACAUGAUCGUGUUCUUGAAACUAGGAAUCUUUUUAACGAAAUGCCUGAGCUGGAUUUUGUCUCUUACAAUGUGGUCAUCUCAAGCUAUUCGCAGGCUGAACAAUACGAGGAAUCCUUGGAGCUGUUCAGAGAAAUGCAGCGCAUGGGGUUUGAUCGGAGAAACUUCCCUUUCGCGACUGUGCUGAGCAUUGCAGCUAACUUGUCGUCCCUGCAGAUGGGUCGACAAAUUCACUGCCAGGCCAUCGUGGCAACGGCUGAUUCGAUCCCUCAUGUCGGGAACUCUCUAGUUGGUAUGUACGCAAAGUGUGAGAUGUUUGAGGAAGCUGAGUUGAUAUUCGAGAGUUUAUCACAACAGAGCACUGUUUCAUGGACCGCCUUGAUCUCAGGUUAUGUUCAGAAAGGGCUUCAUGGAGCUGGGCUUAAGCUGUUCACCAAGAUGCGAGGAGCAAGUUUACGAGCAGACCAAUCCACGUUUGCUACUGUAUUGAGAGCUUCCGCUAGUUUAGCUUCUUUGUCGUUGGGGAAACAGCUCCACGCAUUCAUAAUCAGGUCAGGGAACUUGGAAAACGUCUUCUCUGGAUCUGGACUGGUUGAUAUGUACGCCAAGUGUGGUUCCAUCAAAGAUGCUGUUCAAGUAUUCAGAGAGAUGCCUGAUAGAAAUGUAGUUUCAUGGAAUGCUUUGAUCUCAGCAUACGCUGAUAACGGAGAUGGAGAAGCAGCGAUCGGUGCGUUUACAGAUAUGAUUCACUCAGGUCACCAGCCAGAUUCAGUCAGCGUCUUGGGCGUAUUGACCGCAUGUAGUCACUGUGGAUUUGUUGAACAAGGAACGGAGUAUUUCCAGGGAAUGUCUCGGAUCUAUGGGAUAACUCCAGGAAAAAAACACUACGCGUGCAUGCUGGAUUUGCUUGGCAGAAACGGGAGAUUCGCAGAAGCAGAGAAGCUGAUGAGGGAAAUGCCCUUUGAGCCAGAUGAAAUCAUGUGGUCGUCAGUGUUGAACGCAUGUCGGAUUCACAAGAAUCAAGGCCUUGCUGAGAGAGCAGCAGAGAAGCUUUUCAGCAUGGAGAAGCUCAGGGACGCUGCUGCUUAUGUAAGCAUGUCCAAUAUCUACGCAGCUUCUGGUGAAUGGGAAAGCUCUAGUCGUGUUAAGAAAGCGAUGCACGAGCGAGGUAUCAAGAAGGUUACGGCUAAUAGCUGGGUUGAAGUGAACCACAAGAUUCACGUGUUCUCAUCGAAUGACCAGACACACCCGAGAGGAGAUGAGAUCGUGAGAAAGAUCAAUGAAUUGACAGAUGAGAUCGAAAGACAAGGGUACAAGCCUGACACGAGCUGCGUAGGACAAGACACAGAUGAGCAGACGAAGAUUGAGUCGCUUAAGCUCCACAGUGAACGUUUAGCUGUUGCGUUUGCUCUUAUCAGUACACCAGAAGGGUCUCCGAUCGUUGUGAUGAAGAACCUGAGGGCCUGCAGGGAUUGCCACGCUGCGAUAAAACUGAUAUCGAAGGUUGUAAAGAGGGAGAUAACUGUAAGGGAUUCAAGCAGAUUCCAUCACUUUAGGGAUGGGCUCUGUUCUUGUAGGGAUUACUGGUGACUCAGCUUUAGUUUAGGUUCUUCUCUGAAGUGAAUGCGCUUGAUCAAUGUGGAAAUGGUUCAUAAAUAUUCUGAACGUUAGAGAUUAAUAAAA